AUGUUCAUCUUCAGACAUGGCGGUCGACGAACUGUCAACAACGUUCAAAAUGUCUUUAUUCCGACUCAGCGCACCUUCGCCUCCCGAAUCGACAUUCCUUUAACACCACCACCAGUACCAGUAAUAGAGCAGUGUCCAGCCCCAACGUGCCAGUGUCGAGAUGCUCCAACAGGCCUGGAUAUCGAACGAGAGCAGAACAUCAGUGGAUCGAUGCCAUCGUACGCCGAGCAGAUCCUUAUAAGUACUGGAAGAAGUGAUUGGCCGAGUCGGAUAGAAGAAGACGAGAGUGCAGACGGAGCAUUUGUGAGACAGCUGAAAGGAAUGCUGCUGAAGGGCGGCAAGUUCGUCGACCCAUACCAUAACGUCAUGCUCACGAACUCCUCCAUACCAUCCACUGCAUCUCCCAUCCACCAAUCGAAGCACUCUUCACAGUCGGCUGGGGCAGAGUCUCGAUCUGUCCUUGUCUCCUCACCUGGCAAGGACCCUGCCAUUGCUCGCGAGCAGGAAAACUCAGACACUCCACCAGCCUCUGCUUUCCUCCUCCCAAGCUUCCAAUACGUGCCAUCCAUACCAACACACUCCACAGCCGUAGAGGACUUCAUUAAGGCCUUUGUGCUUCCGGGGAGGCUACAUCAGAGCCAUGAUGUCUUAUCAAGAGCACAACAGAAUAUCCUCAAACGCCAACCAGAACUACAAAAGCAAUUCCUCGGCGCUCGGAAGGUCGACGAGAUACUCAUUCUGAUCUGUGGCCAUGGCGCUCGCGACGAGCGUUGUGGGAAACUCGGUCCAAUACUGCAAGCAGAGUUCGAGGACAAAUUACAGCGACAGAAUAUUCCUGUCAUCCGCAGUCCACCAGUAGCCGAAGCGGAGCAAGUGUCGACCGAGGUCGAAGGCUUUGUGCCUACUGCGCGUAUUGGUCUGAUCUCGCAUAUAGGCGGCCAUAAAUGGGCGGGUAAUGUGAUAGUGUACAUUCCGCAAUCCUUUUCUCGAAACCCGCUGGCUGGAAAAGGAAUAUGGUAUGGACGUGUAGGGCCCGAACACGUCGAGGGUAUCGUGGCAAAGACAGUACUCGAUGGUAAAGUCAUCAAAGAACUGUUCCGAGGAGGCAUCGACCAGGAGAGGAACAUCUUACGAUUAUGA